AUGUUGCCUGAAGGAGCCGCAGAGACCAGAGAGGCGCUAGCUCUGCAGACAAGGCAAGUCUUAAUUCUCUUUGUUUGGCUGGGAUUGUCUCAGGCGGCACUGGAAUCUGGGCGCUAUUUUGUUGCGGAGGAAAAUGAAAUUGGCUCCUUUGUAGUCAACCUGGCAAGGGACUUAGGGUUGAGGGUGGAGGAGCUCUCCUCCCGGGAGGCACGGGUGGUGUCUGAUGAUAACCCAAAGUAUUUGCACCUUGAUGUGCUGACCGGAGAUUUGAUCUUAAAUGAGAAACUGGACCGAGAGGAGCUAUGCAGCUCCACCCAGCCCUGUGUGCUGCAUUUUCAAGUAUUACUGAAAAAUCCUUUACAGUUUUUUCGGGCUGAGCUGCACAUCCAAGAUAUAAAUGAUCACGCUCCUACAUUCCUGGACAAGGAAAUACUUCUGAAAGUAUCAGAAAGCACCGCGAUCGGGAGCACGUUCCUGAUGGAGAGUGCUCAAGACUCAGACAUAGGAAGCAAUGGUCUUCAAAACUACACAAUUAGUUCGAAUUCAUAUUUCUACAUUAAAAUCCGAGACAGCAGUGAAGGACAGAAAUCCCCAGAGCUGGUCCUGAACAGACCAUUGGAUCACGAACAGGAGCCCGAACUUAGAUUAACACUUACAGCGGUGGACGGUGGGUCCCCACCCAGGUCGGGAACCACCACGGUGAUCAUCAAAGUCUUGGACAUCAAUGACAACGCCCCUGAGUUUCCACAGGGGCUCUACGAGGUGCAGGUCUUGGAGGACAUGUCCCUUGGCUCUUGCAUUAUCACGGUCUCUGCUAAGGAUUUGGAUUCAGGAAAUUAUGGGGAAAUAGCUUACACAUUUUUCCAUGCAUCCGAAGACAUUCGUAAAACAUUUGAAAUCAACCCAACAUCAGGAGAUGUUCACUUAAGAGCUUUCCUGGAUUUUGAAGUGACACAAUCCUAUACUAUAAAUAUCCAGGCAACGGAUGGUGGGGGUCUUUCAGAAAAAUGCCUUCUUCUGAUUAAAGUCGUGGAUAUCAAUGAUAACCCACCAGAAGUGACUAUUUCUUCAAUUACAAACAGAAUUCCAGAGAAUACACCUGAGAUACUUAUCGCUGUUUUUAGUGUUCGAGACAAAGAUUCUGGGGACAAUGGGAAGGUGACCUGUUCUAUUCAGGAUGACCUCCCAUUUAUUCUUAAACCCACCUUCAAGAAUUUCUUCACUCUAGUUAAUGACAAAGCACUUGACAGAGAGAUUAGAGCCGAGUACAACGUCACCAUCACCGUCACCGACUUGGGGUCCCCCAGGCUGAAAACCGAGCACACCAUCAGGCCCUACGUGGCGCGGCCCGAGGGCGCCCGCGACCAGGCGCAGGCCGACGGGCUCACGGUCUACCUGGUCAUUGCGUUGGCCUCGGUGUCUUCGCUCUUCCUCUGCUCUGUGCUCCUGUUUGUGGCUGUGAGACUGUGCAGGAGGAGGAGGGCCGCAGCGGAGUGUCGCUACCCGGUUCCUGAGGGCUACUUUCCAGACCAUUUGAUGGACGUGAGUGGCAUGGGGACCUUGUCCCGUAGCUACCAGUAUGAGGUGUGUCUGACAGGAGGUUCUGGAACUAAUGAGUUUAAAUUUCUGAAGCCGAUUAUUCCUAACCUCCCAGUCCAAGAUUCUGGAAGGAAUGUAGGUGGAAACUCCAACUCCCGGAGUAGUUUUGGAUUCAACAUCCAAUAG